AUGAAAGGUGGAGAAGAGAAGAAAGUGCUGAGGUUGAAGAAGGCACUUUACGGGUUGAAGCAGGCACCACGGGCGUGGAAUACUCGUAUUGACACUUAUUUCAAGGAAAAUCGUUUUGAGCAGUGCCCCUAUGAACGUGCACUUUAUAUAAAGAAAAUUGGAGAUGAUGUUUUGUUUGUGGCUCUUUAUGUGGAUGACCUCAUCUUUAUGGGGAACAAUGAUGGAAUGAUACAAGAAAUCAAAAGAACAAUGACAAUGGAGUUUGAGAUGACAGAUCCCGGUCUGAUGAGAUAUUUUCUUGGUCUGGAAGUCAGACAAGACAACUUGGGUAUUUUUGUCUCUCAGGAAGCAUAUGCAAAGGAGAUUCUCAAAAGAUUUAAGAUGACAGAUUGCAACCCGGUUUCAACCCCUAUGGAACCCGGUUCAAAACUCUCAAAGUAUGAUGGUAGAGAUCGAGUUGACGCAAGCAACUACCGAAGUUUGGUAGGAUGUCUUCGUUAUCUGACAUGCACAAGACCGGAUCUCUCACUGAGUGUUGGGAUUGUAAGUCGGUUCAUGGAGGAGCCGAGUUAUUCACACUGGAAGGCGGCAAAAAGAAUCUUGAGGUAUAUACAAGGGACAACUUCAUUGGGACUUCACUACUCGAGGUCCGAAAAUUAUAAGUUAAUUGGGUACACUGAUAAUGACUGGUGUGGAGAUGUAGACGAUCGGAAAAGUACGUCGGGAUAUGUAUUCUUCAUGGGCAACACGACAUUCACUUGGAUCUCGAAGAAACAACCCAUUGUGACUUUGUCGACCUGCGAAGCUGAAUAUGUAGCUGCAUCUUGGUGUGUUUGUCACGCAGUAUGGCUCAGGAACUUACUAAGCAAGCUGGAGGAGAAACAAGUCGGCCCAACCGAGAUCCAUAUUGAUAACAAGUCAGCUAUAGAGUUAGCCAAGAACCCGAUGAAUCAUGAAAGAAGCAAGCAUAUUGACGUCUGUUUUCACUUCAUCCGGGAUCAAGUAAAGGAAGGAAAUGUGGAGUUAUUACAUGUGGCAAGUCAAGACCAAGUCGGAGAUAUUUUCACAAAACCACUGCCGACGUUACUACUGAAAAACUGCAAAAGAAUGAUUGGCAUGAAAGAUGGCAGAAGCAUUUAA